UCAUGCUUUUUGUGUAUACUCCACACCCACCUCCCUUCACCUCUCUCGGUCACCUCCUCUUCAUCCCUGUCAUUGUUUCCUCCCCUCCCCCCUUCUUCUGUUAUCCUGAACAAACAAUCUUAUACAUACAUACAUACAUACAUACAUACAUCAUCUUUGUAUGUAUGUAUGCACGAGUAACUUCAUCCUCAUCUUCUUGAAAACUAACCACUAUACACAUGGCGACGGUGCCGCCGAAACCCCUCCACAACUUCUCACUCCCGUUCCUUAAGUGGGGCCAGUUCCGCCGUCCCCACCGCCACCGCAACUCCCCCGCCACCGACUCCUCCGACCUCAACCGGAUUCACACCAUCACAAAACAAAAACCCGAUAAACAAAACCAUAAAAACGACGUCGUGUCGCCGGAGAAAGCAAACUGCAGCAACGGAAAGAUCAUCGAUGGUGACGUGGUAACGACAGAUGACGGAGACGUUAAGCCGUGGAAUCUGCGGCCGAGGAGGCUGGUGAUCGAUGCCGUUGAAGGUAACAGUAACGGUAGCGUAAAAUCGGGGCGGUUGUUGAGAGGUGGUGGUGGUGCGGCGGAGGAGGAGAACGAGGAGUACGGAAAGAAAAGGAGGUUAUGGAUCUCGUUAUCGAAAGAUGAAAUUGAAGAAGAUGUGUAUGCGUUUACUGGAUCCAGACCGGUUAGAAGACCGAAGAAGAGGAAUAGAACAGCACAGAAACAUGUCGAUAAUGUUUUCCCUGGAUUGUAUUUGGUUGGAGUUUCAGCCGAUUCGUAUAGAGUUUGAACUGCGAGAAUGCGAGAUGAUGUGAAGAGUGAAGACUAUGCAGCAUGGGAUGACAAUCUGAUUGGAACAUAAGAGUUUUUUACUUACAGGUUUAGUAAUUGUGGGGAUGAUUAUCUUGUUAUUAUACGUGCAAAUGGAUUAAGCGAAUUCUUCACUUUUGGUAGGAAACAUAAAUAAACAAAUGUGAUGAUCAUUCAUCUAUGAUUGGAUUGGAUUGGAUUAUUAUCCUUUCAUUGAUUGCUAUAUGUGUUGUUGAUGGUA